AAAAUGUCUUGGCGAGCUUCAGUGUUCAAGUACCUUCAUUCGAAGAAGGAUACUCGACUUUCUAGCUAUGAUAUGAACAAAUUAACCAAAGUUUUAGCCAAUAAUGACAUCCAUUCACCUGAGAUGUCAGAUCCCGGUAAAGAAAAAGACGAAAGAGGUUAUCUGUAUGUUAACGUUCACGGCUUGGCUUGGAGAUCAAAAAAGGAGGAUGAAGAAGAAGAGGAUGAAGAGGAUGAAGAGGAUGAGUUAAAUGAGGAUGAGGGUUCUGAUAAUGAUGGUGAAUGGAGGAAUGACAAAGGGAGAAGUGCCAGAAGUUAUGAUAAAAUACUAGCUUCUAAUAUUAUAGAAGAACCUUUAAGAAAUCAAAAAGUCGAUUUUAAUUAUGUCAAUCGGUUGUCGAUUGAAAGUUUCGACUUGAAUUUGGUUGCCGAUUUUUUAUUAGCAUUCGACUGUCGAUUUACUCUAUCAUUUG